AUGACAGCCACCGCCGCCGCUCUCAGCACCCCAGCUACCCCCGCGACCCUGGCGCGCACCACGGAUCUCGCGCCCGCUGCGAGUGGCGACGAACCCGCCCCCGCAAACGUCGCCAACGCUAUGACCCUUACCCUCGCUGCCAGUGCGACAACCAUCCUGCCAGUACUCCAGCUGCUUCUGCGGGCCGCCUGGCGGCCCCCACAGAUCCCGCACACGCCCGCGAGGCUGCGCCAUCAAGGCUCCGACGAGGAUCACUUUGCAGCCGAGCCUGCUGCCGGUCAUGACCAUACCCCGACUGAGGCGCCCAUGAGUGAUGACGAUGCUGUGCACGUGAGGCGUGUUGAAUAA